AUGCCUGCACCUGGAGAGCAGCAUCUCAACUCGGGAGGCAAACCCAUAACAAACCCGUUCGAAGAAGUAAAACCCCGAAUAUCCGAAUACACAGCCCAAGAAAUCGCUACCCUGCAAAGUAGGCUCGAAAAACAGCUCGGGCCCGAAUAUAUAUCAUCACGAGCAGGUCCUGGAGGGCAAAAAGUUUAUUAUCUUGCUGCGGAGAAAUGCAUACAGCUCGCGAACGACGUUUUCGGCUUCAAUGGCUGGUCGAGUCAGAUUAUGGAUGUGCAGGUUGAUUUCGUUGAUGAGAAUCCUCAGACAAUGAAAGUUAGUUUGGGUCUUUCGGUUAUCGUGAGGGUUACAUUGAGAGAUGGCACGUUUCAUGAAGAUGUGGGGUAUGGGCAUAUGGAGAAUGCGAAGGGUAAAGCUGCGGCGUUUGAGAAGGCCAAGAAGGAGGGUACGACUGAUGGGCUUAAGAGGGCUUUGAGGAACUUUGGCAAUGUGCUUGGCAAUUGUAUCUAUGAUAAGGAGUAUUUGGGUAAGGUUACGAAGGUUAAAGCUCCGCCUUCGAAGUGGGAUGUUGAGAGGCUUCAUCGACAUUCGGACUUUACGCCUGCCAAGAAGGAGCCGGAGGUGCCCAAACUUAUUGAAGAGAAGUCAAAAAACCUAACCGGGGCCAUUACACCUAGCUUGACAUCUGAAGAUACAUUUGAUGAUGAAUUUGGAGAUUUCGAUGAAGCAGAUUUUGGUGUUGCAGAUCCAGAUGCCCAUCCAGAUGAAGUGGUUUUACCUCCCCAAUCCGCGUCAUCACGACAUUUCAACAGCGCUCCAAACACGGUUCCCGCGAAAACUCAAAACCAACUACAGAACCGGCCUCCGGUCAAGCUACCACAGCCCAUGGCAGUACCUACCGGGCGACCUCAAAACCCAACUCCCCCAAAUCCUCAAACACCAAAUGGUGGCUUCUCAAGAUCAACAAGCGGAGCCAACUCAGCCAUGCGUCCACCAGCAGGGCCUCCACAACAAGCCCAAGUUCACGCCCAAGCACCCCCCGUAGCAGCACGCCGCGUUCUUGAUCAACCAAACCGUGGCCUCGAUCAACCAAACCGAGUUCUCGACCAACCAAACCGUGCUCCCGACCUCAAUCACCCAUCCCGUACCGGCACCGGCACGGGC